UCGACUGGACGAUCUCUCUCUCUCUCUCGCCAGACUUCAAUAUAUCGUCACAGAGAAGGGGGAAAAAAGGCUGUAACUUUUCCAGACAUUAUUUUUUUAAACAAACACUCAUCUCUUCCCAGUCCCCACCUCCUCAAAAAAUGUAUAGAGAAACACUGAUUUAAUCAGUGCCCAGACAGGACGUGGGGGAGAGAGAGAGAGAGAGAGAAAGGGAGGCUAACUUUGUAACAACUAAACGGGUCUAUAGGACUCAUGAACAGAUACAUGCCCGCUCAGGAACCCUAACAAGUGGUCCUACCAAGAAAGCUGGUUUGGGGGAGGAAUUGUCAGUAUCUCCUGGAAGUUCAUGUCAUUGGAGAUGGGGUGUCGGAAGUCGAGAAGUUGGUUUAUGGGAGCCGGCGUUAUUUUAAUGGCCACAGUACUGCACCAGUGUUCAACUAAUCCAACAGAGAAUGUAGUCGACGUCUUGCAGGUUCUGGACCUCCAGGACUCCUUGGACGGAAUUGUGAAUGUUGCGGGAUUUUGUACACAACGAAAAGGAUCUGAAGACACUGAUAUUGCUCUCCGGAUAGAGAACAAAACUUACUUUAAUGCCCUAACAACACAAUUAUUCCCAGAUGGAAACUUUCCUGAGAAUUUCUCCAUCCUAACGACACUAAAGGCCAAGAAAAACUCCCAGUUCUUCCUCCUGUCUGUUUACAAUGACCAGGGCAUCCAGCAACUGGGAGUCGAAAUCGGUCGGUCCCCUGUCUUCCUGUAUGAAGACCAGACAGGCAAACCGACCCCUGAGGAUUACCCCAUCUUCAAAAAAAUUAACCUGUCCGAUGGCAAGUGGCACCGACUAGCCAUCAGCGUCGAAGGAAAGAAUGUCACACUGGUCGUCGACUGUGACCAGCAGAUCUCAGAGCACCUCGCAAGGAGUGACAGCCCCGUGGUCAGCACUAAUGGAGUCACAGUCUUCGGUACCAGGAUACUGGAGGAGGAAGUGUUUGAGGGUGAUAUCCAGCAGCUACUAAUUUCCCCGGACCCCAAAGCAGCCUACACCUACUGCGAGCGUUACAUCCCCGACUGUGACACCCCUCUGCCCUACACUCUGCAGUCUCUGGUGACUUCUUACGAUGAUGAGACAACGACCUCUCGACCCCGCCACAAAAAAAAGAAGAGGGAUCGCAAACGCUCUAAAAAGAAGGGCAAGGGCAGAAAGAAAUCGAGAAAAAAUCGCAAAAGGAAGAAGAAAGAUCGGGCUGCCCGGCAAAAGAUAGAAACAUUUGGGGUUAGGGAACAGGAUACUGAGCCUCCUUCAGUGGAAGAAGUGGACAAUGUCUACGAUUAUCUUCUUGGUCCGGAAUAUUACACGGAUUUGGACUCGGCCAUCUACAAUGCCUCUCUAGCUGCUGCUGCUGGCAUGGAGGAAAAUGUCACGGAUCAUGAGACGAUGCGGGAGGAGAUCAUUGGGGAGUCGGAAGAUCCCAUCACUGAUGAUCACCAUGAGUACAGCUGGAAUAACUACAAUUACUACGACAGUGGGUUCCAGGACCCAUGGGCCCGAGAAGACCGUGAAACACAACAGCCAAUGGAGCGGGGCCCGAAGGGCGAGAAGGGGGAGCCUGCGAUUUUCGAACCUGGAAUGCUCUUGCCUGGACCUCCAGGACCAGUAGGACCUCAGGGUUCUGCAGGACCUCCUGGCUUCCCCGGACCUCGAGGACAUCCUGGCGAUCCUGGAGAAAUCGGUCCACCAGGAAGACCUGGUCUGCCAGGCAUCGAUGGAAUACCGGGACCCCCAGGAACCAUGUUGAUGUUUCCGUUCCAGUUUGGCGGGAAUGGAGCCAAGGGACCCAUCGUCUCGGCCCAGGAAUCUCAGGCCCAGGCUAUUCUCCAGCAAGCAAGGCUUUCUAUGAAGGGUCCAGCGGGUUCGAUUGGUCUCACGGGAAGGCCGGGACCUAUGGGCCCCCCUGGAAUCAUCGGCCUAAAAGGUGACUCUGGUGAAAUGGGUCCAAAGGGUCCUCCUGGUGUGUUGGGACCUCCAGGUCCUUCUGGAAGAACUGGAAGAAGGGGUCGGCCUGGAGUAAAUGGAGUACGAGGGUUACCUGGUGAGCCAGGAGUAAAGGGCGACAGGGGGUUCGAUGGUUUGCCUGGAUUGCCUGGGAGAAAGGGCCAUCAGGGUGAUUUUGGUCCAAAGGGCCCCCCUGGCCUUCCUGGCAAUGAUGGACUCAGGGGAGCAGAUGGAACGGUAGGGCCCAGAGGGUUGCCCGGUGACCCGGGUGCGCGUGGCCUGCCUGGACCAAGAGGAGCCAUUGGCACCCCUGGACAACCGGGAAUUACUGGCACUGAUGGCGCUCGAGGUCCAAAGGGAAACCAGGGCUCUCAAGGUGAUCCCGGACCAAUAGGGCAACAAGGUGACCCAGGACCUCAGGGCUUUCCUGGACCUCAAGGCCCCAUUGGACUUCCCGGAAACAAAGGACCUCCAGGCAAGCAAGGACUGCUGGGACUUAUUGGAGCAGAUGGUCCACCGGGUCACCCUGGUCGAGAAGGCCCAACAGGUGAAAAGGGAAAUAUGGGCCUUUCAGGUGCACAGGGUCCAAGAGGAUAUCCUGGAGUUCGAGGUGUCAAGGGUGCGGACGGAGUCAGAGGACUAAAGGGGCACAAGGGCGAGAAGGGGGAAGAAGGAUUCCCUGGCUAUAAAGGUGACAUGGGUCCCAAAGGGGAUAGGGGUAAUGCUGGUUUGACAGGUCAGCGUGGCGAGGAUGGUCUUGAAGGGAUCAAAGGCCAGAUGGGUCUCCCUGGCGAACGAGGAUCACGGGGUCCUGCCGGUGAAAAGGGAAACCUGGGCGUUCCAGGCCUGCCAGGAUAUCCAGGACGUAAAGGGCCAAAGGGCUCUGUUGGUUUUGUUGGACCUCCUGGAUUACCUGGAGAAAAAGGCAGGAGGGGGAGAGCUGGUCCUCAAGGAAACCAAGGAGGGCGGGGCCCUGUGGGAGAGCGAGGUGAGAGAGGGCAGAGAGGACCCUCGGGAAAACCAGGCGCCAAGGGAAAUGCUGGUACUGAUGGUCCCCAAGGUGUACCUGGUGAAAAGGGACCUCCAGGACCUCAAGGUCCAACAGGAUUCCCAGGACCCAAAGGACCUCCGGGACCUCCUGGGAAGGACGGGAUCCCGGGCCACCCAGGACAACGUGGCGAAUCUGGUUUCCAAGGCAAGAACGGACCACCCGGUCCCCCAGGUGUUGUUGGACCCCAGGGUUCUUCGGGUGACAGUGGGCCAGCUGGUGAACGUGGACACCCAGGGGCUCCUGGUCCACCAGGAGAACAAGGCAUUCCGGGAACCGCUGGGAAGGAAGGCACGAAGGGAGACCCAGGUCCAAUCGGUCCUUCCGGAAAACCUGGUCCAUCAGGCCUGCGGGGAUUUGAAGGACCCAGGGGCUUACCAGGAGAACUGGGCGCGCCUGGAUUGAAAGGAGGAGAGGGUCCUCCUGGUCCUCCUGGUCCAGUGGGAUCCACAGGAGAACGUGGUCUCAGUGGUCCAGUUGGUGCCAUAGGGCUUCCUGGUCGACCUGGUGGUCUGGGACCCCCGGGCCCUAUUGGAGAGAAGGGAGCCCAGGGUGACAAGGGCCUUAUGGGCCCUGCUGGUCAGGACGGCGUCCAGGGUUCCUUAGGUUUGCCAGGGCCCCCUGGCCCCCAAGGCCUUCCCGGAGAUGAUGGGGACAAGGGGGAGCUGGGAAGACCAGGACAGAAAGGCAGCAAAGGAGCCAAAGGAGAAGCAGGUCCUCCAGGUCCAAUGGGGAUUCAAGGCCCAAUUGGACAACGUGGUCCCAUUGGAGCUGAUGGUGAACCAGGUCCGAGAGGGCAGCAAGGCAUGCGAGGACAGAAAGGUGACGAGGGCGUUCGAGGAUUUCCAGGACCCCUAGGUCCUACUGGACUCCAGGGAUUGCCUGGCCUUCCUGGAGAAAAGGGUGAAAGUGGGAAUGUUGGACUCAUGGGUCCAUCCGGUUCCCCUGGUGCAAGAGGACCUCCUGGGCCCAAUGGUGGCACUGGACCUCCCGGCAUCCCAGGAGGGGUCGGUUCCCCAGGAGCAGUGGGUGAAAAAGGUGAGAGGGGCGACGCUGGAGACCCAGGUCCACCUGGUGAGCCAGGCAUCGUUGGUAUAAAAGGUGAACUCGGUGAGAAAGGUGAUACAGGUCGUCCAGGAGCAGCAGGACCUGCAGGGGACAAAGGUCCUCCAGGUGAAGAUGGAACCAAGGGCAACAUAGGUCCUGCUGGUUUCCCAGGUGACUCAGGUCCUUCAGGCGAACCUGGUGUACCGGGUGUGGAUGGUGCACCUGGAGAAAAGGGCAGCAUUGGAGAUCCUGGUCUGCCGGGUCCAAUCGGGGCAUCAGGGGAACCAGGACCCCCUGGUCCGCCUGGAAGACGAGGUCCUCCUGGACCAGUAGGUCCAGCAGGUCGAGAGGGCCAGAAGGGUUCAAAGGGCUCACCUGGGCAACCAGGCCCCGUUGGUAGGACUGGGCCGAGAGGACCUCAAGGAUCACCUGGCAACCCCGGGCCUGAAGGUUUGAGAGGGAUUCCUGGGCCUGUUGGAGAACAGGGUCUUUCUGGGCCUCCUGGUCAGAAUGGGCCCCCUGGUCCUAUGGGUCCUCCUGGUAUGCCAGGCCUGAGGGGCAAUCAAGGGUUAAAAGGUGACAAGGGACAUGUUGGUAUGAUCGGCCUGAUUGGGCCUCCCGGUGAGAUGGGCGAGAAGGGUGAUAGAGGCCUCCCAGGAAACCAAGGAAAACCAGGUCCCAAAGGAGACAUUGGACUCUCAGGGCUCAGUGGGCCCACAGGACCCCCAGGAUCCCCUGGAUUACCGGGUCCACAGGGUCAGAAAGGCUCUAAAGGUUCGGAAGGACCUGUUGGUCUGAGAGGGGAUGAUGGACCUCCUGGCCCUCCUGGCCCACCUGGCCCCCCUGCCGAGGUAAUCCAGCCACUACCACUGUACAAACGGAAGACCAGGCGGCACUCUGAGGGUGAGCAGGCCGACGACGGUGGGGCGAUGUUCCCUGACUACACUGAGGGCAUGGAGGAGAUCUUUGGGGCUCUGUCCUCACUGAAGGAUGAGGUAGAGCAGCUGCGACGGCCGAUAGGAACACAGGACAGCCCUGGGCGAACCUGCAAGGAACUUCAGCUCUGCUACCCACACUACAAAGACGGUGAUUACUGGAUUGACCCGAAUCAGGGAUGUGCAAAGGAUUCCUUCAAGGUCUUCUGUAACUUCACUGCGGGGGGAGAAACAUGCAUCUUCCCUGACAAGAAGACUGAAGGUGUUAAGGUUUCCGCCUGGCAAAGAGACAAACCAGGAACUUGGUACAGCAAAUUCAAACGUGGCAAACAGCUAACGUACACCGACUCCGACGGUAACCCUGUGCACGUGGUUCAGAUGACAUUCCUCCGCCUUCUAAGUGCCACCGCACGACAGAGGUUCACCUACAACUGCCAGCACUCCAUCGGCUGGUACGACAUGACCACACAGAGCUACCAGAGAGCAGUGCGGUUCCUGGGAGCCAACGGCGAGGAGUUGUCGCACAACAAGACGUCGUACAUCCAUGCUGUCUACGACGGCUGUAAGCUGAGGAAAGGUUCUGAACAAACAAUCCUACAGAUUGACUCUCCGCGAGUUGUUGACCUGCCCAUCAAGGACGUAGCUGUGACCGAUUUUGGCGAGCAUCAGCAGAAGUUUGGGUUUGAGGUUGGCCCGGUGUGUUUCAACAGCUAAACCUCAGGAAACAAACUUUGGGCCCAGCCUUUCAUCCCUUCCCUUUCGUUAUGCAAAAUGCACAUUCUCUUUGUUGUCUAUUGGGUCUUUAUUAACCACGCUACAGAUGGGGUAUUUUUUUUAUUGUGUAUGAGUAACAAUAAAUAAUUGCUGCCCUUGUAGGGCCAAAAUGUUAUGACCUGUGAAGAGGCCAAGUCAAGGAUUGACAUAAAUGGGAUUUUCCCAAUUCCAUGUCCAUCAGCAAUGAGGGUCUUCCUCUAAACGCCCUUUAACACCCAAGGAGGCCUUGAACACCGAAUAUCUUCCCGUCACAAAGAGUUCUUCCUCUAGCAAGAUUUGGCCGUUAGCUUAACUCUUUUACAUGUGGACAUUGAUCUUUGAAAUGUUAAACAGUGGACAUUGGGAUCUAGAGAUACUCCUAGCUUUACUCUGCUGUCUUGGUAAAGAAGAAAACAGAAUAUCAAAUGAUAUACAUUGUAUAGACUCCUUCUCCAAUGUUCAGAGUUCCUUGUAUCUUGUUGAGGUACAGCAGCAUAAUAGUUAUGGUACUUGACUGGUGUCUAUAAGACUAUUGAUCCAGAAAUAUGGGUUUAAAUCCAUUUGAGGCAAUAAAUAAAUUUGUAAGAAACAAAAUCUUCUAUCAUUUUCAAAAACUUUGUAUUGCUAUAAGGCCCAUCUGGCAUCAGGUAAGGAAAUCUGUCUGGCCUGGACCACAUAUACUUUGUUCUUAUCUACUUUUUGAAGCUGGAAGGAUAAAAAGUGGCAACUGUGAACAAAGAGAAAAGGCUUGUUCAUUGCUCCCUGAAGCUUUAUCAAAGGCUCCUUGAUGAAACAUAUUCAUCCCAUCCAUUCAAACACUCACAAGUCCAUGGAACGCUACAUUACCUCAUGCCCACAGACCAGCAGAGCAAAGGGGAAUAUGUGAUUUAGCUCUGAUGUGGCAGGUUUCUAGAUGUCAUCCGAUCCCCCGGUGGUUGCUCAUGAUGCUUGCAAUAGAGCUUUGGUUCCCCCAAUUCUCCAAGAAAUAGACUCGUUCUGAGUCACCACACGCAUCCUCGGGUGUCUCUGUGCUAUCUCAGACAGUUUUCUGAAGGACCUUUUCUACUUUUUCUUCAAGUUAAAUGUGUCAGCAGAGGUAUGAGCACUAGAAGUGAAGUUGGUUUGAGUGUUUAUUUAGAUUAUGAAGACACGCAGUCCUCUUUUAUUGUCAUUUAGUAAUGCAUGCAUGUUUAUUCUCAUCAAUGCAGACAUUCUCCCCACAAUGAAUCUGUUACAUUUUCAGACUCUUUCCGCUUGGACUUACGUGACUUCUCAACAUAAAUGUCUAUGUUCCUGACAAAACUCACAAUUUGCAGUUGGAGUUUGGCACAGUCCUGUAAGAUGCAGCCAUUAUUCAGAAUGAUACUUUACAUGAAAUUUAUUGUUAGUCAGAAGGGUAAAACUAACAUUAUAAACUAGCUUAUGUUCUUCUUCUGAAGUUUGGUUUGAUAAACUUCAGUGGAGUGGAGAUUCUGAAUUCCAAAUCAAACAAUCAAAAUAAAUGCUGUGGUUAAAAAAAACUUUCUCCAAGUAUCCAUUACUACCACUGCAGGACUUUGGGCAUCAGCCUUGACCAUUCUCCCAGGAUCAGUGUCUAGGUAAUCAGAAACAUAAGAGAUAAAGUAAUUCUCUGCAAAAAUCUGCAACUAACCUUUACUUGCAAUUUAGCUUUAACUUGCGCUAAAUGUUAUUUAAAAAGAUGUUUCCCUGCAUCAGUAUUAAUACAGUCAAUUGCUGUAUCUCUGAACCCCAUCAUUCCUGGUCUUGUUAGAAAUUGAUCUUGUCUUCCUCUCAGUCCACUAUCCCUGGUGUCUCCCUGAUGAGAGAGAAAAAGGAAGAAAAGAAGAUUGGCGUUCUUUGUGCAAAGUUAUAAUGCCCUGACUGGAAGAGUGGCAACUGACAGUGAUUUGCAAAGGGAGCUGGUUCAGUAUCAGAAUGAGUGAAAAUGACCAGAAAUCCUGCAAAAAGGCAGGGAAACGGGCAACUUUGUUGGCACGAAUGAAUUGGGCCAAAGAGCCUUUUUCCAUGCUGCAUAAAUCUGACUCUAAUUAGAUAGUACUUAUGCGGGCUGGCACAACUGAGAAGGGCUGAUUGGCCUUCUGUUGCUGCAUCACUCUGUACUAGGAUAAAGAUUGAGCUUUCAACUGUAAGCAGCUCUUCUGUAACACAGGAUGUCAGUCAAAUGCAGUUUAGCUGUACCCAUUACACUCUUUGAAAGGAAGGUGUCAUGUAAAACAGUUGGCAGUGGGUUGGAGUGACCUGUUGAGGAUUUCAAUGGAAUAACAAACACUUCCAUAAGUAGGAUGGUUGUUUCUGUAUCUGCCAGCUUCAUACUUUGAUAAUCCUGGCCCAUCUCCCAUGAGACCAACUGAACAUCAAGAUGAACCAUUCCAUCUAGGAUCAGAUCUAAUGGGGAUGGAUGAAUGGGGCCUGAUGCCAGUAAUGCCUAUACAGUACCACAUGUACGGUAGUUCUUCAUACAGUGAGAUCAGAUGAUGGUUUAUAUUACAAAAAGAUAGAGCAGGAAAGGUUAAGUUGCCACAUAACAAUCCAGAGACAUGAGGCUGUGUUCCACCAAGGUUGCUGAGAGUUUAAUUCAUUGAAUAGAUUUCUGGAAAAUAUAAGCUAUCUGUGAGAUAAUUGUCUAAAAUCCUAUCAAACAUUGGAGAAACUGAGUGGGUCAGGCAGCAUUUGGUCGUCCAACAAUGACAGGUCCUACCUACAAUGUCAGCUGUCCAUUUCCCUCCAAAGAUGCUGCCUGACCCAUUGAGUUCCUGCAGUGCCUUUGUAUGUUGCUUCAGACUCCCAGUAUCUGCUGUCUCUUGUGUGUCUCUCUGUUUGAGUAAUUCCACUGCCCAUCUCCAGCUUUGUGUCCAAAUGCCAGAGUUGGAGACACAGAAUGUUUCCAAAAGAGAAACCCCUAGUCGAGGGUAGAAGGUGUAAUGCUACCAGCCACCACAGGCUCUGAGUCUGACUGUACACAGCUAAAUGGAAUGAAGGGUUUCUGCCUACGUCACCCUGUGGAGCAGUAGGAUACCCCCUCCACCCUAUGAGUGAAAAAUACUCAUCUGCACUCCCUUUUUACCCUUAUAAAACCCACUUUAAACCAUUAUUCCUCAGGUUUUGACGGAGGGAAGUGGAAGCUUCCUAUUCAAUGUAAGUACCCCCAUAAUUUUAUCUCACUUUCAUCGCCUUGUUCAAAAUAAAAUUAUACUUAUUUAUACAAUCUUUCUUCACAGCUGCAGUCUUACAGUUGGGAUAUUUUCCUUGUAAAUUUCCCUUGCGUGGCCUCUAGCACAAUAGCAUUGUUCCUGUCAUCUGUUGGCCAGGCCUUAUGUAGGUAAUUAUUCAUUCAGGGUAGCAUGUUUUACCCUUGCAGCACCUAUACCUCCACAAGAUCAGAGCUUCCACCUUAAAUGCCAGCUUCCUACCCUUUCCCUGUAACUAAUUGCUCUAACACCCAAAAACAUGUCAGUCUCUUGUUUACCACUAACUAAACUGCACAGCCCCGUGGGGUAGAGAAUUCCAAACAUUUGCUGUCUACUGCGUGUCAAAGUCCCCCUCCCGAGACCACCCCUCUGUCAGCCUGAUCUGCUGGGUGUUUGCAAUAUCAGUUUGUUGUAUUGGCAUCAUACACUGACGAUGCCAACAGUGCCCACACCCUGUGACGGAAAACUUUACAAUGGACCUGUAGCUGAUCUUUGAGGCUGAGGUCAUAAGUCAGAGGAUUUUUUUUAAACUGCCUAUAUCUACCAGAAUUGGAGGGAAUCUUCCCCUCUGUGUUAGAGGGAGAAACAUUAAGCCUGCAGCACUGGAUGUAGUGCCUCAUUGGAAAAUUGAAAGCUCAAGGAUGUACACACAGGCUCACCAGGCUCCACCUGUAACUCGGCCUGAUGUUCAGUAAUUGAAAGUUUCCUUAAAGGAAAGGCAUUCAAAUUUAUUCCUUUGGUCUCAUCAGGGGACUCAAAAUUGUACAAGUUUAUCACAUAUCAAGGUCCUAACUUGGGAUUAUUAGUUUGUAUGGAAAGACCAUCUUAGCUGUUUGGACAAACAGGUCAAUGUAAACCAAUAUUCUCGAUAUUUCCUCCAAUUGCUCUUGGUCAUACUGUGACAUGGUGAUUCUUCUUACAACAAAGGUGGAGUAGAUUUUAAAUGGUGCUAAUCACAAUAUACCAAAACUGUAUUAAACUGUGUUGCUUAACUGUUUUUUGUUGCAAAGAUAAUUUAUGGAGUUGUGUUAUUUUUAGAUGCUUCUUGAAUUGAUUGUUGGCAUAAUUUAUUUCGGUUUAAGAUGCCUUUGUGUACAUAAAUAAUUUUGUUUUAAAAAUGGAUUUGAUCUAUUAAGCCAAGGGCCAGAGCUAGAAAUUCACGUUAAUAUUUAAGAUCAGUAGCCUCGGGCUAUUUAGAUAUCGUCUGCCUUGAAACCUGUUUUCUUCAUUAUUUACCUUACUCAUUUUCAUGAGCCAACUACCUUGAUGGCUGCGAUGCAAAGUUCACCUAAGAUGCUAUAUAAAAAAAAUUCCAAUAGCUGUAAGCUGUCUCUGGGUGAGGGAGAGAGAGAGAAUGAACACACACACACACACACACACACACACACACACAAUCAUAGGUGCUACAACACAGGAACAGACCCUUCAGCCCAUCAUAGUCUAUGCCAAACUGUUAUUCUUCCUAGUCCCAUUGACCUGCACCUGGACCAUAACCCUCUGUACCGUGUACUUAUCCAAAGUUCUCUUAAACGUUACAAUCAUAUCCACCACUUCAACUGCCAGCAUGUUCAACACUCUCACUAUCCUCUGAGUGAGGAAGUUUCUCUUGAGGUUCCCAUUAAAUAUUUCAACCUCUACCAUGACGUGCAGCAAGACCAUGGACAGCCGCAGUUUAAAUGGUACCUCCUUUGAACAUUGCCUUCCUUGUUUUGAGGGAGGGGUGGGGGUAGUGUGUAAAAUCAUUGAAAUUCUUCAUCAUGACAAUGGACUCCAACUGCCCAGUUGGUUAUCUUACAGCAAAACGGGCAUUGUGGAGGAGAAGGCUUUUGGGCCAAUUGAGCCAAUGGAAAUUCAUUAAAGACCAAUCGCAUUGGUCCUUUCCCGUCUCACACUAUUAGUCUCCCUACAAAUCAGUGAGAGAAGGAGAACAUUGCAAAGGAGUGUCUGACCUCCCAUCCUCAAUAUUGACUUACCAGAACUCUGCCAGUUGCAUCUUCUCUCUGGGAGCUUCUCUGUCAUCUGGACAGGAGCCAAAAUGCUCAUGUCCAUUUCCAUCCACAGGAGCUGCCUGACCCACGGAGUCCCUCCUGCAGCUUGUUACUCCGGGUUGCAGUGCUUGGUGUCUGUUGCGUCUCCACCUGCUCCUCAUCCUCAUCCUCAUCCUCAUCCUGAUGCUGAAGGUUGAAACAUAAAACUCCCAACCCUCUCUAGCCUCCUCCAGCCUUCCCCUGACCUCAUGCACACCCCCAUUUUCCCAGCUCCCUUCACCCCACCAAGUAGUGAGCUGACGGUCCUGGUUGUUCAGUCAUCAGAACGUAAAACAGUAUAGGCCCUUCAGCCCAUGAUGCUGUACCAACCCUAUAAACUAUUCCAAGAUCAAUCUAAUGCUUCCCUUCCAUAGAGCCCUCCAUUUUUCUUUCAUCCAUGUGUCUAUGGUCUCUUAAGUAUCUCUACUGUAUCAGCCUGAACCACCGUUCUCUCUCUAAACCUCACUCUUUUCUUCCAGUGUUCUUACCCACUUUUAACAACUGACUUGGUGCCAGAGAUUUUUCAAAUUAUGCAUUGCAUGAAUCAGAACAUUUGUGUAGGUGCACUUUUAAGAUUGUGGAGCUACUGAUCUUUGAGGUUCAAGAACCCAGAAUUAAAGAGAAUUUCUUCCUCACCCUGAAUGCUACUGUAUAUAAACGUGCCACUAUAUCCUAUGCCAUUCUGUAAGUUGCUGCAUGCUGCAAGAGACUUCUGUAAUGUGUUUAGUCUAUAUACUUUGGUUGUUUUAUAGGGGAGGAGAAAUGAUAAGCAGGAAUACCUCUGGAUAUUUUUCCAUACUGUCUAACAUAUAGUUAGCUCACUUAUAGGGUGCGGGCAAUUUCUAUUUUGUAUCAGUAAGUUCGGAGUAUUCAUAUAUUGUCUCUGCUGAGUUAAAUCUGCCCAGACCCAUACAUUGCAACCUAAUCAAGGGCCAAGUUAAAACAAAACAGGUGUGAUAUGCUGUACGUGCACUGGAGCCGGAAAUGCAGACAUCACAGGAAGGGGCAGAGUUUUAUUUAAAGGUAUAAUUUGAGGUAUGCAACUGAAAUUAAGCAGGGGGGAUGAACCGACUUUGAUUGGAAGUUUAAAGGACAAUUCAAUGCUGUAUAUUCAUCCGCACUUUUGUUGAGACCCAACCCCAUAAUUCACAAGACUGGAAUGUCACUAUAAAGACACUUAAAUUUUGCUUAUCUUGGGUUGGGGGGAAUAGAAAAGACCUCAAUACCAUUGGACAAAGGAGACUGGGAGCAAUGGGGUUGCAGUAAGAACCAUCAUUCACUCCAUCCUUUGAGAAUAUCAUUGGAUUAUAAGGGCAAAUCUAGCCUUGGCGGUGAACCCCUUCCAUAGUUGCAUGGCUGUAGGCAUGUCCUCUGGCUCAACGUUGAAGCUAAAAUCCACAGCAUUCCUCCCCCAGCUCACCAGGCUCAGAAUCCUGCCUAAAGGAACAGUUGUAUUCUUCUGGAUUUCCAGCAGGGUCACCCUUUGCACCCCACCUCAGUGAUGUCAUGGUGCUAAAUCUCUGUGGUGCUUUCAAUGACCUAGCCCUCUGUAUUAUGACAUGUGAGAUAUGUACAUUGAAACGUCAAGCACUGAUUGAACACAGGUUGUUUUGCUAAAAGGUCUGCAGCAUAUUAAAAAAGUGAUAUUCAGGAAAAAUAUGUAAAUUUAGUCAUAAAAAUUAAAAACAAAUUGCAACCAA